GCAAUAUUUUUCUUACAUUUCUGGAAGGAAAUACUGUUUUCUCAGAAUUCAUAGUUAAUUAAAGCAAUGGAAAUGAUUACAAAAAGUGAUUUAUAAUAGAGAAAGUACAAAAGUAGCACGAUUGCAAAAAAUUUUCUUAUAUUCUUCAUUCGCGCUUCUUUUGAACAGUCGCAGCUAGUAAUACCAACAAUCUCACGAGCGCAACUGCAAUAUUGGAAAGAAAGAAAAUUCUUGGGAAUUUCGGAGAGGCGAGACGCAGCACGAGUCAUGGACACUUUGACAGCAUCGAAUCGUCACCGUGCAUAAAAGAAAGCAGAGAAAGUAUCCUAUAAUAAAUGCAGUCGGUGCUACGUUGUUGGCGAUAUCGUUUACGAGCCGUUGGAGAUGAUCCGGCAGAAGCGUUCAUGGGUUACAGUGGCAUGGCUUGGUCGGUAAGGAGGCUGCGCGCCGGGUAAGUCCGGGGCCUCGGCUUGUGUUGGCCGCCGUGGGGCGCGGCGUCGGCCGCCCCAGGGUAUAUGCCGGUGCUAUUAAUAACGACUUUGAGGCUCGCUCGCUGCUCGCGGGUGAAAAUAGCCGAGAAUGCUCGCGGAAUCCAAUUGGACUUGGCUGGCAGGAGGAUGGGGCAAUAUGGCCGACUUGGCCGAGCGGGUGGACGAUCUGAUAUGCAGUUUCGACUCAUCCGCCGAUGCGACAAUGGACACCCUGUCGAUGCUCAUCUUCGGCUGGAUGCUGCUGGGUCUGGUGAUUCUCUGCGUUGGCAGGUUCGUCUACAAUAGGCUCCAUCAGCGGCGCAGGGCGCAGCCGCCGACGAUCGCCGGCCAUCAUCACAUCACCGCAGCUAAAGAGUCGGCUGCUGGCCUCCAGUCCAUCGGCGACAGCGUCGUCCGGCUGGGGGCCGGCGCAUCGGCCUCGGGAGUCGCCGCCGCGGUCGCCAGGUCCAGGUCCGCCAACGCCUCGAGGAGCACCGGUCCAGGCUACGCCACUUCCGGAGGUGGUGGAGGCUUAUCCUCGUCCUUCGGUGGCUCUGGUUAUGUGCCGCCAACGCCACCGGUGAGGAAGCGGUUGACGAGGAAGAACUCCGGGCCGCUGAUCAGCCCAGCGCGGAGCUCACGUGCUUUGCAUCUGCCGACGUCAACGGGGCCCGAUCCGGAAGCGGUUAGGUGGACGAAUGAGAUGUUGGUGUGGCUGCACACGGAUCUGGUUGUGCUGGACGAGCUACUAGGCAUCUGGGUAAACUCCCUCAACGACUUUGUCGCCUCCGCCAUUUCCGAGCAUGGCAUCGGCGUUGAAUUCGUUAGAGUUCUACCGGAAACUCAUCCACCUAUGUUGUCCAACAUUUUUUGCGAAUGCGAUUCGAAAGACGACGUGACAGUAACGUGUGACUGCGAAGCAACUCCCGCUCUACAGCUAAAGGCAUUCCGUCAACACGGCGAUAAAGUGGAAACUAGUCAUUACAGAGUCAACGUGAAUCGCUUCCGAGCCCGAUUGAACGUUGUAUGCAUAACGGAAAAGCUGUUGAUCGAUCUCAAGUGCGAUGGAUGGCCAGAGGUGAAGGUAUCCAUGGCACCCGUUGGCACGAUAAAAAAGGACUUUGAUGAAACUCACAUGCAAGAGCUGCUGACGGAGAUUGUCGUGGGCGCCAUACGCGGCACCAAUGUGCAUCUCAAUCUAUCCCAGUAUACAAACUGUCCGCGAUUAUGGCGGGAACCGAUCAAUCACUUGGGUUAUACUUUGCCUAUGCACUACGACAAUAUGGCUGGCUCAAACUCAACGAUUAAUCGCCAGCGACACGGCCACAUGCACUCAUCCGGUUCUACGAUACAGCAAUAUUCACCGGGUGACCGUCGACUACUCGUCAAGGUUGUCCGGGCGGCGGACCUCGCCGGGCAACUUGAGUGCAGAGAACCGUAUUGCGUUGUGGAGCUGGACGAACCACCGCAAAGACACCAGACAUCGAUCAAGAAGGACACGAAGAGCCCCGUGUGGGACGAAGCCUUCCUCUUCGACAUAAGCCAAAAUACGACAGAAGUUUUACUUGAAGUUUACGACAGAACUAAUAUAAACGACAGAUUUUUGGGCCUUGGUAUUGUCGCAGUCGAAGAACUGCUAGCUAAUCCUAGUCAGAGGCAAAUUAUACCUUUACAAGCAAGGCCUUAUGAAGAAGAUGAAGUUUCUGGCACCCUCACAGUCGAGUUUCUUUUUAUCGAGGGUGCGGAAGUGCCGCAAUUAGGCAGUAAGCCGUUCAGGGUGAAGGAAACAAUCAAACCCCCAGCCUCACCAACGCGCAGUUAUAAUCCUACAAACAACGUAUUGAGCAACAAUACUCUUAACUAUAACAACGGUAACAGCACUCUUAUUUUGUACGACUCUACAAAUGAAUCGGGAGGCGAUUUCUUAACUAAUGGCGGUUCAACGGUUGACUCGCCAUACAGAAGUGGACAAUCAAAUGGUAACAAAGGAACUUUAAUCGUUCACAGCCAGCAAAGGAAACCUGAACGUCAAGUUGUGAAGGUCACACUGAAUGAGAAUGGCGGAUGGCGGGAGAUUUCUUCUGAGCUUGGAGAGAAAGAAGUAUAUACAACUUCUGGCCAGGAAAGUACACCAAAUUCUUCAAACUCUGAUGGUACGAAAGAGAGAGGAAGAACUAGAAGAAAACGGAGAGAUUUCUUUGGAACAAUCAAAAAGAGACUUAGUCGUUCUAAAGCAAGAAGUAGAUCAGUUGGACCGGAAGGGGAUCCAAAUCACGAGGAGGCUCAUUCAAGAUCUAUUUCAGCAGACAGAGCAAGAGAUCCAGGAUCUGGUCGGGAAGGACACUCGAGAAGAUCAAGCGUUAGUGAAGCAUCUGCGAUAAGUGGAACUUCAACAAGAACUUAUAUAAAUGAAGCGUCGACAUUAGUCUUGGAAACCGUUGAGAACUGCAUCAGAAAACAUUAUCUUGUCCCACUAUCAUUGGCACAAAAAAGUAAAUGGAAGAAGAAAGGAACGAAGCUUCAUAUUUUCAAUGAUCAUACAUUUAUUGCAAAACAUAUGGCUGGUGGCACUGUGUGUGAAGUAUGUAAAAGAACGUUGGCGCGAAGAUUAGGCAAACAAGGCUAUGAGUGUAGAGACUGCCAAAUGAAAUGUCAUAAACAUUGUCAUGUUAAAGUUGACUCCAUGUGUUCAUCUUCCGCUAUACAAAGUAUUGAACUGAUUUUUAUAAAAACUCCAGAAUUGAAAAGGAAACCUUCAGUGCGGAUUUGCUAAUGCUUGCAAGCAACGUCGGCAUUAUCAAGAAACUCGUUACGCAGUUCAAGAUUCGGCUAAUGAAACUUCACUUCGUCGAAUUCCACUUCUGUUAUUAAUAAUAUACAAAUAAUAAUAUUGAUUUAAACUCCAAGCCUUGGCUAUAAGUAAAGAGAUAAAAAAAAAA